AUGGAAACCAGUUCGAGUUCAUCAUCAGCUACAACUGAGAGUAUGGAUGUUUUGUCCCAAUUCUUCCGCCGUUCAAUUGGAUUACAGAGUAUAUUACAGAGCAACUUACCAAAAUUCCGAGGGAUGCCACAUCAUGCGGAUGAUAUGUCCUUGUCAGAAUGGCUUGAAGAAUUUAAUGGAGUAACUGCUAACCAAAAUAUGGAAAUGAGUAGCAAAGCUCGACUGUUGCUAGAUCACCUUUCAGGACCAGCACGAGAGGAAAUAAUGUGUCUCAGUGAAUCAAAGAGACAGGAUUUUGAUGAAAUAGUAAGUCGUCUGAAAUUGUGCUUUGGCUAUCAGGAAACCACACAGACCCUCAGUAGUCAGUUUCAUAAUCGCAUACAGAGAGAUGGAGAAUCACUUUGUGACUUCAGCCGUGCCCUGAUUCGCACCUACAACAAGAUGGAAAAAGCUGCCACUACACAAGCUCAAGGAGAAGCUUUAAGUCAGUUGAAAAACAAGACCUUAAGUGAUCAAUUUGUCAAUGGUGCCCGGGAGGCUUGGGUGAGGAGAGAGUUGAGGCGAAUACAGAUGAUGCAUGAAAUCGAUGGAUUUGCCAAGAUUCGUGAGGAAGCCCUCAAACUCUUUCAGGAGACUGCCACCACUCAGAGGCCCAGAGUGCGAGAAGCAGAUAUUGAAGUUGGAAGGGCAGUCAUGAAAGAUUCCAUGCUUGUGCAACAGGUAGUAGAACAACAGAAAGCUAUAAUGACGGAGUUGGAGCAACUUAGGGGAGAAGUCGCCAAGCUGAAAGGAGGAAAACCUCAGAGGAAGAGGACUGAUGGACGAUGCUUCAGCUGUGGCCAUAAAGGACAUCUACGACGUGACUGCCCCAACAUACCCACCGGUUCCCCUGCACAUGAAUAUAAUUACUCUGCUGGCAACUGGCAUCAGGAGAAUCAAAGCUUCCCCACUUGGAGCACGGAAUCAGGUACCAUGCAGAAUCAUGGCAGUUUCAACAGGCCAACAGUCUUCCAGUCCUCAUCACAAGGAGCUGCCAGUAUUCCUCACCAACAUAUCGCAUCCCAGGAGGAAAACUAGACCCCUCUGUUGUUGAGGGCCAAACGGCAGAGGACAUUAGAAAGCAAUAUCAUACAGAAGAGCCCAUAGAAGGAACUGUAACCAAUCCACAAACUGAUAUGUCAUUUGGUGGUAAUUCAGAGGAUGUAAAUGAAUCCAGUGGGGCACAAGGCAGACAAACUUCAGUGGCAGAGGUUGUGCCAGCAAUGGAUGAGAUAGUCGACACAGCUGAUUUGAUUUCCGAAAGCCCAGCUGUCAUAGCAGAAGUUGCUGGUGUACCCAUUGGCUGCAUCCUCGACACUGGGGCAGAGGCGUCCAUUAUACCAUCAGACGUGUUUCAUCGACAGUUGGAAGCAGCGGUAGGAGAAGUGAGCCCAUUUAAUAAACCUUUGAAAAUUGUCGG